AUGGGACCGACAGGAAGGCCCAGCAAUAUUCAUCAUCACAAUGGCGACCUCCAUUGCUCGAGAAUUCCCAAGACUAGCUUUUCUGUGCCAUUUCAGGAACGUCGGACCUUGUUUAGGAUCUUCAACAGCUUCAGAAUAUUGUAGAACACAGUAUGACUCUUGUAUGCAAGUGGCGAGAUACAGAGCGCCGCCGUUCCCGCUUGACAGGAGCAGAUACAUACCAGAUAAGACCGACCCCAAAACUCCGGACUUCCAGAAAACGCUGAAGUUUGACCGUAAACUGUGGGGACGACACGGGGAGGCGUCAGGGUUGGAUCCAUCCAUGUGUUGGCCAACCAAAGCAGAGCUUGCAGACCUGCAGGAGGAGGAGAGAGACUGGUACCUGACGUUACAGGAGAUGCAGCAGAACAUCGCUGUCAAGAGGGCAGCACAGGCCGAGGCUAAAUUAGCUUGGGAGAAGCGGGUUGCUGCGAAUAUGGCGAAGAUGCCCAAACUCAUCGAGCAGGUCCACGAGGAGCGCCGGCAGAAGAAAGAACAGCUGGAGGAAGCCAAGAAACGUAAGGAGCGUCUGAUUGGUCAGGCUCGCGAGCGGCUGGGAUACAACGUCCACCCCACCAGUCCUAAAUUUGUGGCCAUGGUGGAGGAAAUAGAGAAAGAAGAGAGGAAACAGAAGAAGAAGGAGAAGAAAGCGAAACAGGAGGCGAUGAAGGAAGCGUUCAGGGCUGCCAUAGCUGCCGCUGAGGCUGCCAAAGUACAGGACGGAGCAGACAUCAACCUGGACAUCCCUCUUAAACCCCACAAAACUGAUCAGUAGAAACCAAAUAAACCAUUUUUAUUGAGACAUUAAUAGCAUGUGUGUUCAUUGAUGAUUCUAUCAAUUUGCAGUUUUCAUCAAUAUUGAAACAAAAUCAGUAAGAGGAUGCUUUCAUGAAAAGAUGGUAUGCUCUCUUACUUGUAUAGAAAUCAACAGUCUUUGAAUUACAGUAAGUCCACACAUUUAUGUAACUAUCACCUCUACAAGAUUGUACACAUGUAUCUUUACACACAUAUGAGCCUUUUAUUACGGAGUUGUGGAUGAAAAUAAGAUAACCAUUGAAAACACUCUGUUUAUUGCAAUGUCUUCUUAUUGAAUGUCACUUCCAAAUAAAAGCUUCCUUUUAUUU